UGCUGGCUGCCAUCCCUGGGGCCAACUGCGUCGGCUGGAGAGAGUUGAGGUAUAUGGCCUCUGGGGACUCAUUGGUAAGCCUAGCUUUCUCCUAUCAACUGGGACAAGCAACAGUGAGGAGGUCUGUGCACAUGGUGUCUGCAGCCAUUGAGAAGAGGAUGAUGGAGAGGUUCCUCCCCAGACCAACAAAAGAUACGUGGAGAGAGGUGGCACAAGGCUUCCUGGACAAGUGGAAUUUCCCAAAUUACCAUGGGGCAUUAGACGGGAAGCAUGUCCACAUACAGGCACCUCCAUUGUCUGGAGGUCAGUACUUUAAUUAUAAAAAAAAAACUUUCUCCAUUGUACUGUUGGCGCUGGUAGAUGCAAACUAUAGUUUCCGGGUCAUCCAGGUGGGGGACUUUGGGAGAACCAGCAAUGGAGGGGUUUACGCUGGAUCGGAUUUGGGAAAAGGCACGGAGACAGGGACACUUGAUGUGCCACCCAGUGCCCCUCUACCUGGUGCUGCUCACCUGGGUGAUCUCCCCCUUGUCAUGGUGGGUGAUGCAGCUUUCCCCCUCAAACCCUACUUGAUGAGACCGUACCCAGGACAUAGACUCAGCCACAACAAGAGGAUCUUCAAUUACAGACUUUCAAGGGCAAGAUUGGUUGUGGAAAAUGCCUUUGGUAUUCUGGCCUCAAGGUGGAGAAUUCUGCACCGCAGAGUGAACCUGCAUCCUAAAAAUGUAGACACACUCGUGGUGGCUGCAUGUAUUCUGCACAACUUCCUGCUUUCCCCCAGCGAAAACCAAAGGAUGCUGGAUGAUGGAGAGCAGUCAGGACAGAAGAUGACACCAGUGUGCAGCAUGGGAGGAAACAGGGCAUCUAGAGAGGCCUGUAACUUCAGGGAGAAGUUCUGCACAUUCUUCAACUCUCCUGAAGGCAGAGUGUCCUGGCAGGACAGAAUGGUUUAAAUUAUUAAUUUUUUUUUAAAACUGUGUUUUGAACUGGAAAAAGCUUUUCAAUUUAAGGCUGUAAAAAGAUUUCUGAUUUUGUACUUUAA